AUGGGGGUGCCCUGCUACGGCCCCGCUACGGCCCCGUCGCCCACCUGCGGCCCAGUCGCCCACCACGACCCCAUCGCCACCUACGGCCCCGUCGCCCGCUGCGGCCCCGUCGCCACCUGCGGCCCCGCCACCUACGGCCCCGUCGCCUACCUGCGGCCCUACGGCCCCGUCGCCUACCUGCGGCCCUACGGCCCCGUCGCCUACCUGCGGCCCUACGGCCCCGUCGCCUACCUGCGGCCCUACGGCCCCGUCGCCUACCUGCGGCUCUACGGCCCCGUCGCCUACCUGCGGCCCUACGGCCCCGUCGCCUACCUGCGGCCCUACGGCCCCGUCGCCUACCUGCGGCCCCGGCCCCGUCCCCUUCCUGCGACCCCGGCCCCGUCGCCUACCUGCGGCCCUACGGCCCCGUCGCCUACCUGCGGCCCUCCGGCCCCGUCGCCUACCUGCGGCCCCGGCCCCGUCACCUUCCUGCGGCCCCGGCCCCGUCGCCUACCUGCGGCCUCGGCCCCGUCCCCUACCUGCGGCCCCGGCCCUGUUGCCUACCUGCGGCCCCGUCCCCUACACGCGGCCCCGUCGCCUCACUACGGCCCCGGCCCAGUCGCCCUCCUGCGGCCCCGGCCUCGUCACCUAACUGCGACCCCGGCCCCGUCGCCUCCUUGUGGCCCCAGCCCCGUUGUCACCUGCGGCCCCGCCACCUGCGGCCCCGUCGCCACCUGCGGCCCCGUCGCCCACUUCGGCCCCGAUGCCACCUGCGGCCCCGCCCACUUGCGGCCCCGACCCCGCCCCGGCCAUGCCCCGUCGCCAGCCGCGGCACACCGGGGGCACCUGCCGCUGGGGGGGAGGGUGUGA